UAGCGACCCCUUUGAUUAAGGGAAGGAAGACAUAAACCCUACCCAAUACCAUUCACCACCUUAUUUAUAUCCCCUCCUCCCUCUCCCUCCUCCAACACCAGUCUAGAGAGAGAGAAGAAGAAGAAGGCUGCAAGUGUUAGAACAACCUACCUCUUGCAGCACAUCAAGCUGAUACAAAGCCAACAUCCCCAGAGAGAUAGAGAGAAGCAGAAAAGAGAAAGAUGAAGGGACUGUCACAAAUUCAAGUGCUUCAGUUCUCCUUUGGAACCCUGCUAGGGUUGUGCCUUCUCCUCCAUGCUCUCUCCUCCUGUGACUUGCUGCAUGUCAUUGAGCACCACAGGAACGCCUCCAUAGCCGCCCUGUGGUGCUUCGCCCUGACCGCGCUCCUAUACAUCCGCUCAAGACCUCGCGGGGUCUUCAUGGUCGAUUACUCCUGCUUCAAGCCCGACUUCGAUCAGAAGGCCAGCUACGAGGUCUGCGAGUACUUCGUUCGCCGGAGCCAGCGGUUCUCGACGGUGAGCGAGGAGUUCAUGCGGGGGAUCUACCUGAAAUCCGGCCUCGGCGACGAGACCUACGUCCCGCCCUUCAUCUUCAACCACGACUACGAGGCCAAGCUCAGCUCCGCCAUCGAAGAAGCUGAGCAAGGCAUGUUCGGAGCCAUCACCGACCUGCUCGCCAAGACCAACGUGCCCGUUUCGGAAAUCGACCACCUGAUCGUCACCUCCGGGGUCUUCGCCGUCACUCCCUCGCUCUCGUCGCGGAUCGUCAACCGAUUCGGGAUGAAAGAAUCGGUUCGGACGUUCAACCUCAACGGCAUGGGCUGCAGCUCCGGCGUCGCGUCCAUCGACCUCGCCGGCCGGAUUCUCCGGAACCGGCGCAAGGGGUCGUACGCGCUCGUGGUGGUCACCGAGAGCAUCAGCCAGAACUGGUACUUCGGCGACAACCGCUCCAUGCUCGUCACGAACUGCAUCUUCCGGCUCGGGACGGCGGCGGUCCUCUUGACGAACCGGAAGAGCGAGUCGGUGAAGCUGGAGCUGAUCGACUCGCUGAGAACCCACCAUGGAGCGGACGACAGAGCCUACAGGGCGGCGAUCCAGGAGGAGGACGAACACGGCACGGUGGGGUUCUCGCUGACGAAGGACCUGAUCCGGGUCGCCGGCGAGGGCCUGCGAGCGCACCUCCGAGUCUUCGCACCGCGGGUGCUACCAUACUCCCAGCUGCUGGCCUACGUCUACGCCGCCGCCAAGUCCAAGCUGCUAGUCUCCGGCAGCGCCGCAAAGCCUUACGUGCCGGACUUCACGUCGGCGUUCGAGCACAUCUGCAUCCACACCGGCGGGAAGGCGGUGAUCGAAAACAUUGCAAGAGUGCUCAAGCUCAACGAUGACGUGACAGAACCUUCUCGGAUGACACUGCACCGGUUCGGUAACACCUCCUCUAGCCUAGUUUUCUAUGAGUACGCCUACUUUGAGGCCAAGAAGAGGGUUAAGAAGGGUGACAAGGUGUGGAUGCUGGCCUUUGGGACUGGGUUCAAGGUGUGCUCGCUUGUUUGGAAGGCCAUGCAUGACUCCAGCCUUGACCAAUCCAAUCCUUGGUCAGAUUGCAUUCAUAGGUACCCAGUCAAGGCAUGGUAAGAGAGAGAGAGAGAAUGAUCUAGAGAGAGAGAAAAAGAGAGAGAGAGAGAGAGAGAGAGAUCUAGUUUAGUAAUAAAAAUACAUGGCAAGGUGAAAACAAAGCUGGUGAAGUAUAAGAUUAGAAUUGAAUUAUCUAUUCUUCUAAUUUUCAUAGAUGAAGUAUCAAGUUGCCAUAGUGUUGAGGGAUGAUGACAUGAAAAGGAAAUGUAUGUAACGGGUGUCUUGCCUGUUAUUUUUCCUGUUUUUCUUUUUUUAUUGCUUGUUGGUGGCAGAGAAAGAAGGGAGAUUAGGAAUACGAAGAAAGAAAUUUAAGUGUCUUAUACUUAAGAAGGUUGUAGCCGUAUCUGCUCCAUUCCUGUGAAAGAUACAGGAAGAAGAGAAAAAAAAAUUGAAGAAGAGACAAGGUUUGGUGGCUCUACUUGAUGGGCAUCUAUGAGAAAGCAUUUUAAUAAGUGAGCAUAUGAAGAUAUGCUUGCAUGCAAAGUAUUAUUUUGAAGUUUCGAAAUGAAAUUCAUUACGUGUUUGUGGCGUCAUGUGGUUAUUAUAGUCCUCGUUGUUGCUGCUGCUGUAAAUUUCUAGCUGGCCGUCUCCCAGUAACUGUCGUGUUUCCAUAAUUGAAAUUUAAUGAUGUUGGCUGUUUGUAAUGGAGAAAAAUAAAGGCAAAAUGUUUAAAGCA